CUGUAGCAGCCGAUCAUGUUUGGGAAGAAGAAGAAGAGGAAGAGGAGGAAGAAGAAGAGGGUAAACAGAGUGGAAGAAGUCUUUAUAAUAGCGUUUUGGGGGCUGAGGAUAGUGUGCCAGCCCUCCCUGACGGCCAGACCCAUGACGGCAGCCCCCCCGCCGGCGUAGUGGAGGAAAGGAGGAGCUGAGAGAGACGCACCAUUGCCAUGAACUUCCCCGAGGUACGAGCCAUGGGCGGCGUAGGGUUAGGGGGCGCAGGACUACCCCCCACCCACACCCCGACCACCCCCACACCCACCCAAACAGACUCCAGCCUUCCCCCAGUACCCCCACCAGUCCCGUCACCCCCCGAGGCCACCCCGUAUCUAAGUUUCCAGAGCACCCCAGGCCUGUCCUCCCCCCCUGCCGUCUCCCACCCCAGCAUAGCGACCAUGUGGGGUAUCGGGGGGUUCACGACGCCCCCCAUGCCCACCCCGCCCCCCGUGGUCUGCCCCAACACCAUCGCCUCAACACUGGGUAUUCCGCAGAUGCCGAACGUGACGUAUUUUAACUCCCGCGCUCCCAUGGGCUUCAAUUUUAGAAUGGCCGGGAGUCUCAAUGGAGUCCCUUAUGUGUUCAAACGCAAGCCAGAGGAGGAACCGGAGGAAAUCAAGCAGGUGGCCAAGCAGCACAUCAGUGAGGAGAGGAUGAUGGCCCACCUCAACUCCCUCCACCUAUCAGACCGCUACUGCAACCACCGCCUCGGGAAGGGCAAGGUGAGGCUAAGGCGGAAGGGGUGUAACUGUGGCUGGAGGACAGGUGGAGCAGGGGCGGAGCAGGGGCGAUGUCACUGGAUCUCACCCAUCAUCGGCUCUGCCUCGGACCUGCAGGGAGCGCCGCGCCUGGUUAUCGCCGAUGAGGUGAAGCGGAUAGUGCCAGGAGAGUCCAAGCUGCCUGAGUCCAUCCUGAAGAAGCUGACCCAGCCCAGCAUGGAGGUUGUCCUGUGGCAGCCUCCCACCAACAUCCUGCGCACUGUCAUCCCUCCGAGCAUCGACAACCAGAUCAAGGCAUCCCAGAGCACCACCACCACCGCCACCACCUCCAUCUCCUCCGCCACCACCUCCACCGUCUCCUCUAACGUCGUCUCCAGCACCACCUCCUCCUCGUCCUCAUCCCCCGACUCCGGCAUCUCCAUCACCUCACCUCCACCAGCGAGCGACUCCUUUAUCGGGCGGAACUCAAGCAUCGUUUCGCCCUCCAUAUCCACCGCCCUGAACGAAGCUGUGGCCGCCGCUGCUGCUCGUGCUGGUGGUGGUGGCGGAGGCGGCUGUGUCACGUCCCCACAAGGCUUCCCCAGCCCGUCAAAUGACCCUAACCUGUCUCUCGGGGCUGUUGGUAGUGGGGGUUCUGGUGGUGUCUCCGGGAACUUCGCCGCACCAUCCGCAGAGCUUGGCCUGGACCUCCUCUCCCUGCCAUCCACCUCCUCAGGGUCCCGGGGCAGUGGCUUCCUUCCGCUGCCCCUCCGCCGCCCCGCCAGUCCGCUCCCAGACCCAAUGGCGGAUGAUGAUUUCUCCGAGCGGAUGGAGUUCAAUAACAACAAUGGUAACGCGCCUAACUUCAUGUGGCUUGAGGAGAACAACAACACGGCUCUUAUGGAUCUGAACGCCGUUGAGCCACAGCGAGCCGCCGCAGCCGCCCCAGCCGCCGCCCCCGCCCAGCUGCCACCACAGCCGCCACUCCCCGAGGAUCUGCCGGAUUUCCCCGACUCUGAUGAUAUGGAUUUAUAACACUGCCGUCUUCAUUGUCACCGCCACUCAAGCCGCCAUGUGUGACCUCCCUCGGCCGCCACUGCCCUAAGUUACCGAAUCUACCUAUAGGGUGGCAGGUCUUGUUAGUAGUGGUCUGUGCACACACACACACACACACACACACACACACGCACACACACGCACGAAAGGCUGGUCGGGAAAGAAAGCAAGCGAGUGUGUGUUCCAAGGUAUAUAAUUGAGAAUGACCAAAUCGAGUGUGUUUGUUUCUGCCACGUCAACAAACACACUCGUUCCUUGAGGCAGCAGAAGAAAGAGUGCGGUACAAACAGACAGACAGACAGACAGAGCCGCCAACGGUGUGCUGCUCAGAUCCAGUGCAACAGAAACACAAGAGCGGGACACAAUACAAGGCUGGCGGAGUGCAACAUACAUACACAUACAUAAAGUGCGACACAGGCUUAGAAGUAACACAUUGCCACAUUAUCCCUUGCCUGAGACACUUAGUAUUUGCACUCACUCACUGGUGGCGGAAACACUGAUCAUAACACCCUCAUGGCACAAGGAAUAGAACGAGGAAGCAGUGAAAUCUAAUCAGGAACGUCAUGGAAGACUCGAUAGAUAUUUACCGAUGAGUGAUAAACUGUAAAUGAUAUGUAGAGUAAGAAAACUAAUGAUAGGGAAAAGUGGGAUAGUUUAAGAAGAUGGGUGAAAACAGACCAAUGUAGUUUCUAAUUCGGAAUGGUAGAUGGAAGAGCGGACUAAACUAACACAUACAAAUGAAUGAUGAGUUGUAGAUGGUGUGUAUUAAAUGGUGAAACUAACAGUGGGAGAAAUUGGGUAUGAACUUAAAAUGGAAAGGUGAAAGGUGAAAGACAGGCCAGUGAGUUUGGAUACGGAAUGUUAGCGGAGAGCGAACAAAUAUGGAUGAGUGAUUAAUUAUACGAGAAAUGUAAAGAAGCGAAUGAUAGCAAAAAAGGGAAAACUUGAAAUAGAAAAUAAGGAAAUGAAUGAUAGGAAAAAAAGGGACAUGUAGAUAAAACUAAUAUCCAGAAAGGAAAGUAAGAGUGGAGAAAUUCCGACGAGUGAUGAAAAAUGUAAAUGAAGUUAAAAAUAAGGAAAUAAAUGACGUAAAAAACAAACUUGACAUACCAGGUAAUACUUAACGUUAUUACCAGAUGGCCAGAAGGAAAAAUACAAAAAAAAAAAAAAGUAGUAGACAUUCUAGUUUUACAUAGAUUCUUCAUUUUUCUGUAUAUCAUCUGUUUCCUGUCUUUGCACUCCCUUCUGGAUACUGAAGAUACAUGGGUGUUUGAGGGUACUGCUGUGUCCUUCAGACUCGUAAGCUCCCCUGUUCAUUUUUCAAGAUAACCUCCCUUCCACCCCAUUCUACUUUUUCAUAUUCAUUUUUUCUGUAUAUCAUCCAUUUCCUCUCUUUGCACUCCCUUCUGGAUGCUAAAGAUACAUGGGUGUUUGAGGGUACUGCUGUGUCCUUCAGUCUCGUAAGCUCCCCUGUUCAUUUUUCAAGAGUAACCUCCCUUCCACCCCAUUCUAGUUUCAUGUAUUCAGUAUUUCUGUAUAUCAUGUUUCCUCUCUUUGCACUCCCCUCAGAAUACUAAAGAUACAUGGGUGUUUGAGGCUACUGCUGUGUCCUUCAGUCUCGUAAGCUCCCCUGUUCAUCUUUCAAGAGUAACCUUGCACUCCAUUCUAGUUUUAUAUGUAUUCAUUUUUUCUGUAUAUUGUCUGUUUCCUCUUUUUGCACUCCCCUCAGGAUGCUUAAGAUGCAUAGGGACUGGAGGCUGCUGUGUGCCCUUCUGUCUCAUAAGCCCUCAUGUUCAUCUUUCAAGAGUAACCUCCCUUCCACCCCAUUCUAGUUUAACAUGGAUUCAUUUACUGUAUAUCAUCUGUUUCUUCUCUCUUUGCACUCCCUUCAGGAUGCUAAAGGUACAUGGGAUACGAGGAUGUUGCCGUGCCCUUCAGUCUCAAGUCCCCAUGUUCAUCUUUCAAGAGUAACCUCCCCUUCCCCUCCUUCACCCUUUCCUCACAGUUCCAUUAUUUGCCUUUGUAUACAUGUAAAGAGAAUGCUUCACCGACAGAGCUCAGUCCUCUGUCCCACACAACUUGUAUGCAUCUUUUUAUAUAGUUCACCUUGCAUUCACUAUGAUGAGGGAUGUUUGCUGGUCUAUGUGCACUGUUUCGGUUGGUACUCAUGACGGAGAUGAUAGUACUGUGGAGGAUUGAGCUGAGAUGUAAGAAUUGAUUUUAAAAUAUAUACGUAUACUCUGUUGAUUGAUGAGCAUAAGGGAAAAUAAGGACAUCAAACGAAAAGAAGAGAAAGAAUUUAUUAGCAUUUGUUUCUAUGGGUCUCGGACUUCGAUUAAGAUAUGAAAAAUUGAGGCAAGAUGUAUAAUGAUUGAAGUUAAAGAUGUAUAAUGAUUGAAGUUAAAAUAUAGAUCAAUCAGAUUUUAUUUGAAGGAAAAUUGAGCUGAGAUAUAAAGUUUGAAGCCAAACUAAACUAAAGAAAACAUUGGAUGAGGGUGUGAUGACAUAGAGAAUCACUGGGCCUAGAUAGAGGCUGGUGAAGACUUGAGCAAAGGGUAGGGCCAACACUGGGUAGGCAAAACUAAUACAUGAGAAAAAGAUGAAGAAAAAAAAAAGCUUACCAAUAAUUCACUUCUAUUCCUCGACUCGGUUUACCAAAGUUAGCAUUCUCUCCCAACACGAGUACUAAUUGGAACAGUGCGUACAGACUGGUGGACAUGCCGUGAUAUCCCCAUUCAUGUACAAGUUGAAAUAGAUAAGUAUAAGGGGAGGGAGAUAAGUACCAUAUGAAUCUAUAAGUAUACAGUGUAAGUUGAGGUAUUAAUACAUCAUGUAGUGAACUAAGAUAUAACAUACAACUAAGAUAUACAUUCAUAUUCACACUUCACCUUCAUAUGGAGAUUAUUAAGUCAGUGUGUCCGUGAGUAUUGGAACGAUGCACUGCCGGAGGUGAAAUGUAUGUAUGUACUAUAGAUGAGUCUCCGGAAAGAUAGGAUAUAUAUAUAUUAUUUUUCCUUAAUCUGUUGAAGGUCCGUAAAGUGUGACUAUUUCCUCGCAUAAUUAAAAGAUGUGGCAGACUCGUAGCUACUUGUUUCUGUUGAUCGUUUGCUAUAUAAGUUAAAUUUCGUGUUGAAGAAGCAAAGGAAAUAUUAGUCAAGUCGUUACUAUUAAUACUAUUACAAUUAUUAUUAUUAUUAUUAUUAGGUUCAAGCAUAGUCCACCAGUCCCUUGCUAGCUUACUAAAGGAUAUGUGGCUGACUCCUUUCUGUACCUCUUGUUUGUUUUUGUCGAUGUUCUUUUAGUGUUAGUUGAUGAAUUCCGAGCUAAAGAAGAGAAUAAUUGGUGAGGCAUUUCGUACCCUUAUAUAUGUAUAGUUAUAAACAUGGCCCGUCCCUCGCUUCAAGGACGGGGCCAAAUCAUGCUUAUUUUGGUGGACUUCUUUGACGGUAACCUAGAAUUUGCGUGGAGGAAAAUAAAUGUCGAGGUAUUUUUAUCAUGUGCCGUAGUUGCGAAAGGUGACUCAUCCUCCUCCUUUGCUUGAUAAAUGAGGCUGAAUUUUUUGUUUUGUCGACGAUA